AUGUCAAACGUCCGCAUUUCUAAUGGGAGCCCUACCCUGGAGCGCAUGGAGGCCAGGCAGUCGGAGUACCCGAAGCCGUCAGCGUGCCGGAACCUCUUCGGGCCGGUGAACCACGAAGAGCUCAACAGGGAGUUCAAGAAACACCUGCAGGAGAUGGAGGAGGCGUACCAGAGGAAGUGGAAUUUCGAUUUCCAGAAUCACAGGCCGUUGGAAGGCAGGUACGAGUGGCAAGCCGUGGAGAAGGGGAGCUCGCCCGACUUCUACUUCAGACCCCCCCGGCUACGGAAAGCCGUCUGCAAGUCCGCCGGCCGCCAGAGCUUGGAUGUAAACGGGAAUUGCCAAACCGUGGUUUUUGUCGGUUCUCAGGGAAUCUCAGAGGACACUCACUGUGUAGCUCAAAAGACUGAUGUUUCAGAAAAUCAGACGGACUUAGCAGAGCAGUGCACUGCCCAGAGGAAAAGACCCGCGGCCGAUGAUUCCUCUCCUCAAAAUAAAAGAGCCAACACAACAGAAGAAGAGGUUUCAGAAGACUCCCCCAGUGCCAGUUCAGUGGAGCAAACACCCAAGAAAUCAAGCCCGGGAAGACAUCAAACGUAAAGCGUUUAGAGCAGAGGAUGUGCGCGUCCUCGUUCGUCGGGUGCGGCGGGCGGCGAUGAAGAGAGGAAGAUGUAAAGUUGUAGUGGGAAAGGAAAAAAAUACAUAUCGCCGAUCUCCGGGAGAUGGAGGUCCUGUACAAGCACUGAAAAAAAAAAAAAACAAAACAAAAACCAGCAACAAAACAACAGCAACAAAAACAAUAACACUAAAUUUUAGGCACUCUUAAAAGACCUGCCUCUAAAAGCAUUGGAUGUAGCAUUGUGCAAUUAGGUGUUUCCUUAUUUGCUUCAUUGUACUACCUGUGUAUAUAGUUUUUACCUUAUGUAGCACAUAAAACUUGUUGGGAGGGGGGAGGGACUGGAAGAGGGUGACUGAUUGGAACUUGCUUUCACAAUCUAGCAAGCCAAGAAAUCUAUGAAGAGAAGCAGUGUAGGUUUUUUAUUACUUAAAGAUGUAUUGUCCCUUUAAGUGGGUCCACAGUGUUUUUUCCUUUUCUUUUGUUUUUAAAUUUUUUAAGAAUUUUUUUUUUAAUGUAUCAUCAUGGUAACUGCUCAGAGCAGAUUGCUGUGAAAUUUCUUCCUACAGCAUUGAACUGAAGAGGUGGGAGCUGUGAUGAUUCCGUUAUGUAGUAGCAGAAGUUCCCCACCUUCCCACCCCACCAAAUCCACAUACCAAAACUGAUAGCCUGUAAAAAGUUGAGUAAAAUCAUCCCACCUGAUUGCAUUGCCUGAUUAUUAUUUUUUUUAAACCUAAUCUGGAAGGCUUUUGCUCUGAAUCUGGAAUAUUGUUGUUUUCUGAUCUGACCCACUUCCUGAAGUGUUUGUCUGUGAGAGGAAAAGGGAUACUACAUCUUUAAACAGUAUUUCUACGUUGCCUGUGUACCUGUAUGUAAAAAUAAAAAAAAAAAGUUUGAAGUGUACCUGUGUACAUAACUCUGUAAAGACACUGAGAAAUUAUACUAACUUAUUUAUGUUAAAAGAUUUUUUUUUAAUCUAGAAGACAAUAUUUUUUCCCCAUAAAGCCAAAGUGGCAUGGUUUUGUGCAUUUGUAAAUGCUCUAUUUGGUAGACUUUUUAGAGGGUUUUUCAGUUUGUUUUUUUUUUUUUUCUCUUUUUUUCUUUUUUUUUUUUUUUUUUUUUUUUUUUUUCUCAUAAUUAAUAUGGCUGUGCUUAAAAGAUUGCAGACUGAGCCAAUUUAAUUUUUUUUUGUAAUGUGUGGGGAAAAAAAAAAAUCCAGAUUGAUAUUGUUUCACAUCAAGCAAUCAAUAAAGAAAACUGCCAUAUAUAAGAAA